AUGCGUCCUUCAGUGGCUGCCCUUUUGGCCAGCUCGACGCUUGCUAGUGCCAAAAGCCUUGCUGAUGUUUGCACUGUGUCCAACGUUAAGAGCGCCCUUCCUUCGAAUGGCACUUUGCUUGGUAUCAACGUGAUUCCCUCUGCCACAACUGCCGGUACCGUCAGCAGCGAUACUUACAGCUACUGCAACGUCACCGUCACAUACACCCACCCCGGCAAGGGUGACUCGGUUGUCGUCGAGUAUGCAUUCCCCGAACCUUCCGACUUCAAGAACCGCUUCUACGUUGCAGGUGGAUUCGGUUAUUCCCUGUCCACUAGCUCGACUGGUGGAAUAACUUAUGGCGCUGCUGGAGGUGCCACUUCUGCAGGUUAUGGCGCCCUGGAUGGCGUUACUGUUGAUGAGGUUUUCCUUUAUGGCAAUGGUUCGAUCAACUGGGAUGCGACCUACAUGUUUGCAUACCAGGCCCUUGGUGAAAUGACGCAGCUCGGAAAGUAUAUCACCAGCGACUUUUACGGAACCGACUCCAAGAUCUACACUUACUACGAGGGGUGCUCUGAUGGAGGUCGCCAGGGUAUGAGCCAGGUUCAGCGCUGGGGUGAUGAGUACGAUGGUGUCAUCACUGGUGCUCCGGCAUUCCGUUACGGACAACAGCAGGUUAACCACCUCUUCUCUGGCGUUGUGGAGCAGACCAAGGGUUACUACCCCCCGCCUUGUGAAAUGGAGAAGAUUGUGAAUGCUACUAUCAAGGCUUGCGAUCCCCUUGAUGGCCGAACUGAUGGUGUCAUCUCUCGAUCCGAUUUGUGCAAGCUCAACUUCAACUUGACCGAUAUCAUUGGAGAGGAGUACUAUUGCGCGGCUGAGACUAGCACCUCGCUCGGUUUCAACUUUGGCAAGCGAGCCAUCGUCAAGCGCUCUGAUGGCACCAGCACCAGCUACCAACCGGCCCAGAAGGGAUCCGUGUCUGCUGAGGGUGUCGCAGUUGCCCAGGCUAUCUAUGAUGGUCUCUUCGACUCUAACGGAGACCGUGCCUACCUCUCGUACCAGAUCGGCGCAACCUUCACCGAUGCGGAAACCGAAUGGAACAACAACACACAGGAGUGGGGUCUCGAUAUUCCCUCCACUGGUGGCGAGUUUGUCGCUAUGUUCAUCGAACUCCAGGAUCUCUCCAACCUCUCUGAUCUCGACGGUGUGACCUACGACACACUCGUCGGCUGGAUGAACGAGGCAAUGGUCCGCUACAUGGAUUCACUGCAAACCACCCUCCCCGACCUCACAACCUUCCAGUCUCACGGCGGCAAGCUCUUGCAUUACCACGGUGAAUCCGACCCAAGUGUUCCCACCGCCUCGUCGAUCCACUACUGGCAGUCCGUUCGCUCGAUCAUGUACCCCGGUCUGUCUGAGAAGGAGAGCCUCGCCAAGCUCCGGGAGUGGUACCAGCUCUACCUCAUUCCUGGCGCUGCCCACUGCGCCACCAACUCCCUCCAGCCUGGUCCCUACCCUGAGGAUAACAUGGAGACUAUGAUUGACUGGGUUGAGAAUGGCAUCAGACCCUCCCGCUUGAACGCUACUGUUUCCUCCGGCGAGUACUCUGGCGAAACUCAGCGUUUGUGCCAGUGGCCUUCUCGUCCUAUGUGGCGCAGCAACACCACCUUUGACUGUGUGACUGACCGCAAGUCUUAUGAGAGCUGGACUUAUGAGUUCCCGGCUUUCAAGGUCCCGGUCUACUAA